AGACUGAGCGAGGACGAAAUGGCCGACUCGUUGGCGAAGUACGGUCUUUAUAUCGAUGAUUUGAGUAAAAUACGUGUUCUAGAGCCCGAGGCGGCUAAUCAGACGAACAAGCUGAAGGAGGAAUGUCAGAAUUUCGUGUCCAAGAUUACAGAUUUUGAGAAAAAUUCCGAUGAAUUUAUCAAGAUAUUAGACACUUUAGGAAAAGAAGUGGAGAAAGAGAAAAUGAAGACAAUCGGUGCACGGAAUCUGCUGCGUUCCAUCGCGAAGGAAAGAGAAGCCCAAAAACAACAGAUGCAGGCGUUAAUUUUAGAAAAAUCCGUGGAACUGGAACGACUGCGAGUGCAGUACGAAUCUUUUAAGAAGAUUCAAAUUGAACAAUUAGAAACUAUCGAACAUUUGUCGAUGAAUUAAUGAAACUUUUAUAAUAUAUUUCAAAUGCCUUUUUCUAAUUUGUUUAUUAUUAUUAGGUGUUUAAAUCUUGUAAAUAAAUCAAACAAUAAAUACGAUUUAUAAUGAGGA